CACACGAUGAUCCAAUAGCAACAACCUCAACGCCACUCUAACUCAUCCUCACCAUGCUUCGCUCGCUUCCGAGGCGAGCUGUCACUGGGCGUCCAGCUCAAGCAUUGGCCCCUCCAAUGGAGUCUUGGAGGUGUUUUCCUCGUGGUGUUAAUCUCACUGCGAGAUGUUACUCAAGCACCGACACGCGGCGAGCAUUAUUCCGGCAAUCUAUACAGCACUGGCGGAAAGUCCGCGGUUCUUUUUUUGCCCCGUCUGAAGAAGUGAAACAAGCCCGUGUGACCAAUACUCCAAUCGUGGGCUUGGAAACAACAAUUUACACGCAUGGCUUUCCAUACCCGGACAAUGUCAAGCUCGCUCUGGACUUGGAGCAGAUUGUACGAGACAACGGCGGCGUGCCGGCCACGAUUGGUGUGCUUGAUGGACAAAUUCGAGUGGGAAUGACAACCAGCGAGUAUGUACUGCUUAUAGAGUGACUUGCAUCCUAGCAGUUGAAUUCAGUAACGCUGGUUCCUUUUCCGGCUCUGCUCUUGAAGAGGAAAGCAAAAAUGCUAAUAAUACGCCUAUAGGCUCAAAAGACUAGCUUCUACUGCGGGAGACCCCGAGACCAGAAAGGUCUCUCGCCGAGAUAUUCCAUAUAUCGUCGGUAUGGUGAGUAGGGCUAAUACACUUGCUCAGAUAUCUCAUUGACUAACUAUGCAGGGUCUGGCAGGCCGUAAACUAAACGGAGGUACCACCAUUGCAGGAACGAUGCAUAUUUGUGCUUCAGCUGGUAUCAAGGUUUUUGGAACCGGCGGUCUUGGUGGUGUUCAUCGUGAUGGCCAAAAUACAAUGGACGUGUCAGCUGAUCUUACUGAGUAAACAUUCAUUGGGUCAUAUUGAGAGAUGUGCUUACAUUGGUAAUCUAGAUUGGGAUGUACAAAUGUGGCUGUAGUUAGCAGUGGCUGUAAGAGCUUUCUGGAUCUUCCACGUACUCUAGAAUAUCUAGAAACGCAAGGUGUGAUGGUAGCGACCUUUGCAGAUGGACGGCAUGGAGAGGUUGAUAUUCCUUCAUUCUACUCCCGUGAGAGUGGCAUCAAAAGCCCCAUGACUGUACAAAAUGCAAAGGAGGCAGCAGCGAUGAUUUGUAAGAAGGACCUUUGAUACUCAGAAAGUUGCUAAUAAUAUUAGUUGCAUCGAAUUACACAACCAGAUCCGGCCUCUUGUUCGCUAAUCCGAUCCCAGAGAAACACUCUAUUCCGAGGGAAGAAAUUGAUGCUGCAAUGAAGCAAGCAGUUCAGGAAGCUGCAGAUCAGGGCUUCCAUGGGCAUCUGAAUACACCAUUCAUUCUAGCGCGCAUAAAGGAACUGACUCAAGGUAACAGCAUACCUGCGAAUAGAGCACUGAUAGAGUCCAAUGUUCGAAUGGCCACGAAAGUUGCGGUUGAGCUUGCAAAAAUUGAAUCAAACUAUGGUGUUCCACACGACCGAUCUAAAAGCCUUCAAUCUGAGGCUUAUGCUCCUAAAAGCAAGGAAGAUUCUGCUUCUAUGUCUGAUGUCCAUACUUACCCUUACGAGAGCGAAAGCCAAGGACCUGCGAAACCUGAAAAGUUGGAACCAACCUAUGGUUUGCCAUAUGACUCAACUAAAAUCCCUCAAUCUAAGGCUCAAUCUACCAAAAGCAAGGCAAAAUCUGCUAUUAUAUCUGAUAUCCAUACUUUGCCUUACGAGAGCGAAAGCCGAGGAACUGCGAAACCUGAAAGACGGGUAAGGGCCCCUUCCAUCUUAAUCCGCAGUGGAAACCCCUGUUCUAUUCAAAUACUAACAAAGGAUUUGGUCAGUCUAGUGAUCAAAUAGAAGGUAUAAUUGUCUUCGGAUCAGUAGCACUUGAUUCCUCCUGCGAUCACGCGCCCCAAAGUUCGAGCAAUGGCGCCAUCUCAUCCCAAACCCAAGCCCAGGUAGACGAAAGCACCCUCGGCGGCUAUAUUCCAAAAACGUCAAACAUUGCAACCAUAACAGAAAGUAUCGGUGGUGUUGGUCAUAAUGUUGCUUUGGCAGCCCUUCGCGUUCUUGCUCAGCGUGUGCCCAAAACAUUGGUCACCCUUCGUAGCUUUGUGGGAGACGAUAUGUGAGUGAACCAUUAUAUUGGUGAAUAGAAUUGCUGACUUGAUAGCGCUGGGAAAGCCAUACUUUCUAGGUUGGCUGCAGAAGGUUUGCAUUCCAAUAACGUAUUGACCAUUCGUGGUCAACGAACGGCUCGAUACGUUACUCUCAACGAUACGAACAAAGACCUGGUCCUCGCAGCAGCCGAUAUGAGUAUCUUCAGCAAUAGUCAAGAUGUAUAUCCUGCAGGUCCCAUCAGAAAAACCAGAGCAAAGUGGGUGGUAGUCGAUGCAAACUGGAAUCCUGCACUGAUCCAAUCCUUACUAUAUGAUUUCCAAGCCACCAAAAAAUCACCAAAUCGAUCUUUUGGGGUAGCAUAUGAGCCUGUAUCAGUCCCUAAAGCUGGAGGCAUUUUUUUCAACGCCACGCCCGAAUUGAAAUUAAGUUCUUUCCCAAAACAUGCGGUCAAUCUGGCAACACCAAACCAACACGAAUUGGCAGCUAUGCACUCAGCAGCCAAGGACAAUGAUUUCCUCGAGUCCAAACAGUGGUGGGAAACUAUCGAUGCCCUAGGUAUCCCAAGUUCCGGGGCUCGCGAUCGCUUCGUGCAAAUCACCAAUGCGAAAAUGACGGACGAGGGAAUCCCAUUACAGACUAUCCAACUCCUCCCUUACAUACCCACCAUCCUCACCAAACUCGGCUCCGAAGGCGUUCUCCUCACAAACAUCAUGCAACCCAAUGAUCCCCGUCUUACAGACCCUGAUGCCGCUCCUUAUAUCCUAUCUCGAAACACGAAUGGGAGUGAAACCAUUGGGGGUGUAUAUAUGCGACUUUUCCCCGCUGCCGAGGUUGUUGAAGAUGUGGUUAGUGUCAAUGGUGUCGGCGAUACGUUCUUGGGCGUCCUCAUUGCGGGAUUGAGUUGUGGGAGAAGAUUGGAUGAGGAGUUGAUUGGGUAUGCGCAGAAGGCGGCGGUGAUGACGUUGAGGAGUGUGGAGAGUGUGAGUCCUGAGCUGGAGAAGGUGGAUUGGUUCGCUGAAACACCCUCGGAAGAUGUGGUUUAACGGCGGAGGAUGAUGCAUCUGAGGACUGAUAGCACUAUGGGGGUUUCAAGAGCUGAAUAUGAGAUGUACUGUAAAUUUAUUCAGUUCUCGGCUUGUGAAAUGUUAGGAUGUUGAUGGUAAUUGUUUUGAGUAGAUUGUAUAGCUUAGAAGGACUUUAUUCCUUCAUAUUUGGGGAUUACCUGUACAGAUACAGUAUAAGUACUAGAAAGAUACUAUAAUCUAAUCUUUCUCGC